UUACGUUUUUGCCUCUCGGUUAUUUGCCGUUCGUUUCGAUACUCGCAGUGUUCGCGGCGUUAUUCACAUUGUUGUUGCGGGUUUAUCUGUCGCGCGUAACGCAAGUUUUCACUCUUGACGAUCAGUCUGCCGACCGGUCGGUCCAUCGCGUGCGAUCCAGUGUUAAACUUUAGCGGUGUCAGUCGACUUGGCGGAUAUAAGAUGUCUGCUGAAAACGACGCUGUUGAUUCUUCGUCGUCAAGUUCCGACAUGGAACAAGAUUGUCCUCCACAAUUAAAGUCUGGCUUCAGAGGAGAAGGAGAAGACAUAAUUCCUAAUCUUCCGCCAGUGGUCAAAAAGCGUGUGAAGGCCUUAAAAAAGUUGCUAGUUGCUCAGACUGCAGUAGACACUAAAUUUUAUACCGAACUACACCUACUGGAAUGUAAAUAUCAUAAAGAAUAUGUGGAUUAUUACAACAAACGAAGUGACAUUGUCAAGGGAAUGUAUGAACCAAACGAAGAAGAAUGCGAUUUCCCUUCUGAAGAUGAAGAUGACGUUAAGGAACUCUCAGCCGACCUGGAAGGAAAGGCGAAACUAGAAGAAAAGAAACAAGAAUCUAUAGGCGAUGAGAAUAUAAAGGGCAUUCCAGACUUUUGGUUAACCAUUUUAAAGAACACUAGUCUAAUAAGCGAAAUGAUACAGCCACACGACGAACCAAUACUAAGCCAUUUGUCGGAUAUUAAAGUUUACCUGUUAGAAGAACCUAUGGGUUUUGCGUUGGAGUUCCAUUUUACUCCGAACGAAUGGUUCACCAACACGGUGUUGACUAAGGAAUAUGAAAUGAAAUGCGUGCCAGAUAAAAACAAUCCGUUGAGUUUCGAAGGCCCUGAAAUUUUCAAGUGCAAAGGUUGUACAAUUCAUUGGAACAAAGGAAAGAACGUAACUGUUAAAGUCGUAAAAAAGAAACAAAAACAUAAGGUCAAGGGAGCAGUUCGUUUUGUCAAUAAAACCGUUCAAAACGUGUCAUUUUUCCAUUUCUUUAGUCCGCCCGCAGUGCCGGAUGAUCCAGAAACCGAAGUAGAUGAGGAAAUUGAUAAUCUUCUAACUACAGAUUUCGAAAUUGGCCAUUACAUACGUGAAAGAAUAAUUCCCAGGGCUGUCCUUUAUUACACGGGUGAGGCUUUACUAGACGAAAAUGAUUUCGAUGAAGACGAUGAAGAAGAAGAGUCUGAAAACGAUGAAGAUGACGACGAUGACGAUGAUGAGGAAGGAACUGGCAAUGAUCCCGAGUACAACCCACGCCAAGACAAGCUAUUGAAUAAACAAGUUAACCCAGCCGAGUGUAAGCAACAAUAAAUAAUGUUAUGUUGUUAUUAAAAUGAAACUUUGAACUCUUAAAUAAAAAAAUAAAAACUCAACUCGGAAUACAAACCUACACAUUAUUUUUAUUGUAUAAGUUCCAAAUGAUUACUAUGUGAUCAGCCUAAUAUAAAGUAAUUUUUAAAAUAAACUUAUUUUAUAUGUUAAUCAAAUGUUAUACACGAAUAAAAUUAUUUUUAUAUCGUCA